AAAAAAAUAAAACGGAAAGGUUUUCUCUGCAUCGCAGCGAAGAAACCUCAAAACAAAACCCUGCCUCCCUUCUUCACUCUUUGGCUUCGCCGUUCGGUCACAGAACACAUUUUUGAAUUGAAGAGAAUUGGAAAGCAAGAAAGCAAGUAAGUAACAAUGGCGACUCGCGACGGCGGCAUGAAGUCGACGUCAAUAAACGGCGUUAAGAUGUACACGAUAGCGUCGCAGCAACCGUCACUCGCUUCAUGGCUUCCCUCCAACAAGAAGCAGAACUCUCAUCGCAACGUCAAAAGUUACACGCAGAACCUGCAACUGCUCGAAGACUUGCGCUUCGCCACCGCCGCCACCAAAAUCAAGGCCACUCCCGACGGCGAGUACAUCAUUGCUUCCGGCAUCUAUCCGCCGCAAGUCAAGGUCUACGAGGUCAGGGAGCUAGGCUUGAAGUUCGAACGCCACUUGGACUCCGAGAUCGUUGAUUUUCAGGUUCUGACAGAUGACUAUUCGAAACUUGCAUUUUUAUGUGCUGAUCGCUCUGUUUAUCUGCAUGCGAAAUAUGGAAAGCACUACAGUUUGCGGAUUCCAAGGAUGGGGAGGGACAUUGCUUAUGACUGCUGGUCUUGUGACUUGCUUUGUGCUGCAUCGUCCCCAGAUCUGUACAGAAUUAACUUAGAGCAGGGGCGAUUCCUCUCUUCCCUUAACACACAAUCCCCUGCAUUGAAUGUAGUUUCUCGAAGCAAGAUUCAUGGAUUAGUUGCCUGUGGUGGUGAAGAUGGUGCUGUGGAAUGCUUUGACAUGCGAGUGAGAUCUUCAGUUGGUAGAAUUGAUGCUGUUGGACCUAGUGGUGAUGUUGACCAGGAGGUCACUGCAUUGGAGUUUGAUGAAGAUGGUGGUUUCUUGUUGGCUGUUGGAAGUAGUGCAGGAAAGGUUCUCAUCUAUGAUCUGCGCUCAUCACAUCCUGUACGAAUACAGGAUCAUAUGUAUGGCAGUUCAAUAUUGGAUAUUAAGUGGCAUCGUACUCUUAACUAUGAACAACCAAUGUUGAUUACCAGUGAUAAUCAUGUUGUUAGAAUAUGGGAUCCUGAAACGGGAGAAGGCUUGACCAGCAUUGAACCGACAACAGGAACAAUAAAUGAUGUGUGUACAUUUCCUGGCAGUGGUUUGAUCUUGCUGGCCUUGGACUGUAGUCAAAUACCAUCUUACUUCAUACCAUCGUUUGGACCUGCUCCCAAGUGGUGUUCUUCCCUAGAGAAUUUCACCGAGGAGUUAGACAUGGGCGGACAAACAACUAUUUAUGAUCAUUACAAAUUUUUGACAAAGGAGGAGCUUGAGAGGUUAAAUUUGACUAACCUGAUUGGCACCAAUCUACUUAGAGCCUACAUGCAUGGCUUCUUUAUUAAUCAUGCAUUAUACAAAAAGGCAAAAGCACUGGUGGAUCCUUUUGAAUAUGAAGCUUAUAUUGAACAGCAGAAACGAGAAAAGAUGGAAGCUGAGCGUGCCUCACGAAUCACGGUCAGGAAAAAGUUACCCAAAGUUAAUCGGGCCCUUGCAGCACGGCUCCUAGAAACUGAAGAAGCUGAAAAUGAGAAGAGAGAUGGAGAUGUUGAUGAUGGCGAAGCUAAAAAGGCAUCCAAGAAAAAGAAAGGGCUCAGCAUGCAAGAUCUUCAGGACGAGCGAUUUAAAGCAAUAUUUACAAAUGAGGAAUUUGAGAUUAAGGAUUCCUCACAAGAAUAUCUGGCUUUACAUCCAAUGGGUUCUAAGAAGCAAACAUCCUUGUUAAAGGAACAUUUUGAACCUGUCAUGUCAGAUGAUGAUCAAAGUCUAAGUGAUUCUGAUGCAUCAACAUCAUCACAAGAUGAACCUGCAAAUGGAAUGAAAGACAAAUCUCGGGUUCCAAGGAUGUAUGAAAUUAAAAAUGAGCAGCAUGCAGAGGCAUUCUGGAGCCAAAAAUCACUUGCAGGGGAGGACUCACUUCCUAUGGGAGACAGAGUUGCAGCUCUCAAAGAUAACCAACAACCUUCUCGUGUUCCAAAUGGUGUUAAACAGGGUCCAGGAGGAUCACGAGAAAUCACUUUCUCCACAAGAAGCUCAGCUAAGUACAAGGAAGACGAGGAAGAUAAAGAAGUGCCACACAGGAAAAAGAGGGGAGUUCAAUCCUUGGGGCUUAAGCCGCAGAGACCAGUGUUUCGUGGUCAAGGGAGAGGGAAACGGGGGAAUGGCAGAAGAGGACGUCGAUAAUGACCUUUUACAUAAUGUAAAUGGCAUUUGAUUCUUCUUAGAUCUUGCUUGCUUGAUCCUUAUGGCUCAGUUUUCCAUCCAUGCAUCCUGUGACUGAAGGCAUGCACAGGGUAGGCAAUGGCUGCAGGGCUACAUGAUCUCUGAUAUGUAGCUGAACAUCUUAAUGCGUUUACUUAUUACAUUUUUGUUCUUUCCCCUAUUUUUGGAUGCUCUAUCAAGAUAAAUUAUUUUGUGUGGAACCUACCUUAAUUGUUACAGUUUUGUUCAAAAACCAAGGAUAGGGGAGGAGGUAUGAGUAAUCUCAAAUGUUACAUAGGGAUUUAUCUCUCCCUUUAAGUGAGAAUGUACCAUGUACUCCGAAUUUUGUUUUGAUUAUUCUCACCCAUUGGGGCUGAAUUUUCCCCCAUUAUGUUUAUUUGUGGGUUCGACUGCCUCCUCCCUCGUACAAGAAAAAGCUCCAUAAUGCUAUUGAAUAUAAGUUCUGACAGAAAGAACGUUCAUUGGCGUUGGAUGAUGAUUUUCUGAUUAUUUAUUUUGUCAAUGUAUCCCCUACAAGUAGUUGAGAUAUGUUAAAUUUUCAAAAUUGUAACCAGAGCUUAUUCAUAAUAAUAAAUUGAUGGGUUUGUUCACCAAA